GUAGCGGCUCCAGCUGGACGUCGUUCUGUUCGUAGGGAGCUCAGAUGAGCAGAUAGCUGCAGAAGAUCCGCAUUAAACACGUGAUUUAGGGUUUAAAAACUACGUUUAAUCAGCCACCGACACACGGAGGGUCCGGGACUAACGGGACCAACCCGGAAAACACGAGUCUGGAGGGUUUCGUCGCUGCCAGCAGGUUUUAUAACCUCCAGGGACCAUCAUGCACCUGAAGUCGUAUCCUAAGCUGCUUCGCUCAGAGUUGCGUUUGGAGAUGUCCCCAUGCAGCAGCCUGUUUGUGAGGACCUGCAGCAGUAACCAUGGCAACAACCACAUCAUCAGCCGCCUCCCGCUGGGCAUCAUCUCCACCAACAAGCUCCGCCCUAAAGCCUUGCCGAGCGCUGCCUCGCAGCCUCGUUCACCGUCACCGGUCUGCGAGGACAACGCUCUCCGACUGCACCAGACCGCCGUGGAGGACGCCGACGCCCCGCUGGACGUCUGGACUGUGAUCCGGCCUGGACACGUCCGGGAGAAGAUCGCCAUCUUUGCUUCAGAUGCCGAGCGCACAGACGACGGCGCCAGCAGCGAGCGCACCUCAACCGGUGACUCCGACGGGACGCCGUCUGUGUGUCCGAACCACGGUGCCGUGUCGGGACUGUCGCGGGCCGGGAAGGCAAAGGGAAGCUGGGAGGAAAACUGCAGCGCCAAACGGCGCCGCAGGUCGGGAAGCAACCAGAACCUCCAGAAGGACUCGAGGACUCGGAUCCAGGACGCACAGCGACCGUCUCCACGGCACUCGGGCGGUGAGCUGGUGACAGAGGAGCAGACGCUGUCAGUGGUGGAGAUGGUGGCGUUCCUGGAGCAGAGAGCCAGCGAGCAGCAGCCCGACUCCAAACCUGUGGUCGCCCUCCAGAGGAGCUCCACUACCAUCACGCUGUCCAGAGCCCCGCCCCCCGAGGUCCGGGGGGAGGAGCCAGAGAGCAUCAGAGUGUCGGACAUGGUGGCCAAGCUGGAGUCCGAGUGUCUGAAGAGGACGGAGGGAGAUCUGUCGAGGAGCAACAGCCUGAGGACGGUGGCACGCGUGCUGCUCACCGCCGGGGACCAGAGCCCCGCCCCCUGUCGGCCUUCAUCCCCAUCACUGCCGGUAGCUCAGAUUUUGGGCCGGGAGCCAACCAGCUACUCUGAACCAGCUCUGACCACGCCCCCCUCAGGUGAGGCCCAGGGGGCGGAGCCUCUGCCGGGCUUGUUGUUUUUGUCUUGGCCUCCCGCCUCUCAGCCCCACCCCACUCCAGCUCGCUGUGACUCUGUCAGCCAAUCGGAGGUGAGGAGGAGGAGGAGGAGGAGGAGGAGGAGGCGGGCCGACCGGGCCGACCGAGCUCAGGAGGAUGAGGUCAUCGUUCCUCUGGUCCGGCGUGUGUCACAUGAAGAUGAGGUCAUCGUUCCUCUGGUCCGGCGUGUGUCACAUGAAGAUGAGGUCAUCGUUCCUCUGGUCCGGCGUGUGUCACAUGACUUCCUGUUGAUGCGUUGGCGGCUGCAGCAGCUUCUGGAGCCUCGUCCGUUCCUCUCUGCGCUGCCUCACCACCUGCUGCUGAACAUCCUGACCCUGCUGCCCACGCUCAGCCUCGCGGCGCUCAAGUGCAGCUGCCGGUUCUUCCUCUCGGUCAUCGAGGAUUACGGCGUUCGUCCCUCUGACUCUCUGUGGGUGUCUGACCCCCGUUACCGCGAUGACCCAUGUAAACAGUGUAAGCGUCGGUUCGUCCGCGGUGACGUGUCUCUCUGCCGGUGGCACCACAAACCGUUCUGCCGGGCGCUGCCCUACGGACUCUGGUACUGGAUGUGUUGCCACGCCGCCCGCAGGGACGCGCCCGGCUGCAAUGUGGGUCUCCAUGACAACCGCUGGGUACCGGCGUUUCACAGCAUCGACGUUUACAGGAGGGGUCGCCAUGACGACUGAGAGACUA